AUGGUGAGUGCUCAACGUUUCAACUUGCGAUCGAGCCAGAGAAUCCUUUUCUUCUGGCUAGUGUUUGAUGCACUCAUACAUAUAUGUCUUGAGGGUCCAUUUGUGUAUCUUUCAAUGCACGGUCGCACUGUAAAUGCAUCUAGAGGCUUCUUUGCGUCUGUGUGGCAAGAAUACAGUCUUGCAGAUUCACGUUGGGGAGUAGCUGACCCAGGCAUUGUUGCUGUCGAGCUGCUGACUGUCGUCGUUAAGGGCCCACUUGCCUUAUAUACUUCUUGGCUCGUACUAAAGGACAAUGCCAAGUAUCAUAUUUGGCUCUGCUUCUUAUGCUUGGCUGAACUGUACGGGGACUACAUGACUUUCGUGCCUGAAUACUUCACAAAUGCGGCCGCACUUGACACCCAGAAUCCACUACAUCUCUGGUUCUAUCUCGUCAUCAGCAAUGGUGCAUGGGUCAUCACGCCGGCAUACUUGCUAGUCAAAAGCACUUAUGCACUCGUUCGGAUGGCUGAUGCAUCGUCAGUGCCUCCCCCGCCGCCACCGAAGAAAAUAGUGUAG